CUAGCUGUGGUCAUCCUGUCCGUCAUUGUGUGUGUUGCCUUCCUUCCAGUCCGCGUUGAUGCCCACGGAGUUGUUGUGCAGCUGGAGGUAGCGGACUAUGAAGGGCAGGUAGUACCAUAAAUGAAUUGUCACGUGCUGCCAAACAAACACACAAACACACAAACACACAAACACACAAACACACAAACACAAAUUAAACAAAUUAAACAAAUGAUGACAUUGUGUUGAUGCAUUUUGCAUGCAUCAAUGUGAGAAUGCAUGUAGUGCAAUGAUGCAUCACUCACUUGGUUGGUGUAGUGGUGGCGUGCACUGAAAUGCAGCAGAUGGGCGUACAACUCCCGGUGGUCCGGGAAGAUGAGGCCCGCCACUGACCACACCCCAGCCACCAGGAUCGGCCGCAUAUUCGGGAACGCCAGGCUUCGAAACCGGCAGCGCUGCACGAUUCUCUUGGCCUCUGCGGGAGGCGGCAUUGUGGCGGCCUUCUGCGGAUGGGCUGGUAGAUGGGGGGAGGGGAGAGGGGGGGCAGCCUUUGAUAGGAUAUCAGCAAAAGAGAGAGAGAGAUGGGAUGGGCGAGGAUGCAGGAUUAUCAGAGUGCUUGAGCGGCGAAUGCGCAAGCAGCGAGGGGUGGGCGAGGGCGAUCCAUCAUCUGGGGGCCAAGCACGCACAAGGAAGACAAUGAAUGAGACUGGCUGCCUGUCUGGUGGUUCUCACGUACGUCUGUCACGUGCUUCGUUGGCGGUUUUCAUCUCUGCAAUGGCUGGU